CAACGCUGUUCGGAACUGUCAAAACAAACCGCACACCGUUCGGUCCGGUUGAAACGCACGUGUGUACAUUUCAUUUGCAACGUUGAUUGCUUGGUAUAUUUCUAUUUGAACAUAAUAUUUCCACUGUUUGUUUGAUCGAUCGAUAAGAUGAAGCCGAAAAAUAUCAAAACGAAAUCCGACGUGCAAAGCAUGUCGCUGGACACUUUCCUGGAUAAUAUGGACGCAGAUUUGGAGGACGGAGCCAGCGAAGCCGACGAGCAGGAAAAACCUCCCAAGAAAAAGAAAGCAAAACUACAAGAUAAGUCGAAACCGAAGAAGAAGCAACUGGUUGCGGAGGUGCCUCCCACAAAUGGAACUGCGGGUAAGAAGUCUAAAGACAAACGAAAGAAGAGUAAGUUGAAGGAGUCGGACGCUGAUGAGGCGGAACAUAUCGGCGGCCAGAAGGAUGUAGAGCGCGAACAUCAGCAGGCGUUGGAUAAACUGCAACAUACCGAUCCGGAGUUGUAUGCAUUCUUGAAGCAAAAUGAUAAGAAAUUGUUGAAAUUCGGCGGGAUGACACAAAGUGAUGAGGAUGCCACUGAUAGUGAAAAUGAGGAUGACGAUGCGGUGCAUGAGCUUCCAGAUAAACUGGAAGUUGCGAGUGAUGAGAGUGACUUCGAGGCGGAGGCUGAUGGGGAAGAAGAGAAAAAGGACGAUGAGGAUGAUGAUGAUGAGGAGGAGGAAACAGAGCAGCCAGGAGUGCAAACCAAAAUUACACUGAAGCUUUUGAAGAAGUGGACAAACCAGUUAACAUUACGUCCAAUGAAGAAGGUAGAGACCAUUCGCGCUGUUUGUAAGGCAUUUAACUCUGUGCUGGUCACGGUUACCGGUGAAACCAAUGUUAUCCCUGCCUACAAGGCAGAAGGAUCAGCCAUUUUUAACGGCGUUGUUCAACUUUGUGUCUUACAUCUUGGAAAUGCGGUGAAGGAUUAUCUUAACUUGAAAGACUCAAAGGAUUAUAAGAAUCUGAAGAAAAAUAAACGAUUCACUAAAGUGCAAGCUUGUUUGCGGAUGUAUUUGGUGGACUUGACGAAUCUACUGGAAAAUGUGUCCUCCAGUCAUAUAACGAAUGUUUUACUGAAGCAUUUGCAUCAAUUUUGUUCGUUUAUGGUGUGCUUCCCAAUAAUUACCAAACCAAUUCUGAAGCGCCUGAUCGUCAUUUGGAGCACUUCCGAGGAGGAAUCGAUCCGAGUGUUAUCUUUCCUUUGCAUUUUGAAAAUCACAUGCGGUCAAAUGCGCCGAUUUCUCAGCGAUGUGUUGAAAAAUAUGUAUUUAGCGUAUGUCAAGAAUAGCAAGUUCGUAAGUCCAAAUACGCUCCCGGGAAUUAACUUUAUGAGGCGCUCACUUACUGAGAUGUUCACUCUGGAUAUGUCCGUUUCCUACCAACAUGUUUUUCUGUACAUUCGUCAGCUCGCAAUUCAUUUGAGAAACGCGGUGAUCCUGCAGAAAAAGGACAGCUUCCAGUACAUAUACAACUGGCAGUAUGUCAACUCGCUGAAACUUUGGACGAAUGUAUUGGCGGUUACAUAUGACAAAAAGGAGUUGGAACCGCUCAUCUUCCCUCUGGUCAGCAUCGUCACCGGCGUUAUCAAACUGAUUCCCUCAGCACAAUAUUUCCCUCUGCGUUUUCACUGCUGCCGAAUGUUGAUUGACUUAUCCGCACGAACCCGAGUCUUUGUUCCGGUUCUACCGUUCCUCGUGGAGGUUCUCAAUUCAAACAGUUUCAACGAGGAACACAAGAAGCUUUCGAUGAAACCUGUCGAUUUGACCUGUUUGCUUCGGUUUGCUCCGGCUAAUAUUCAAGAGAACGGCUUCAAAGAUGCCGUAUUGGAUCAAAUCUACGAGUUGUCUCUAGAGCAUCUUGCUCACGAGUCCGCUUCUUUAUGUUUCCCGGAUUUGGCCGUGCCGAUCGUGACCGCUCUCCGGUCCUACUGCAAGUCCACCAAGGUGUACAAAUAUUCUCGAAAAAUAAAACAACUAAGCGACAAAAUUGUAGAGAAUGCCGCCUUCAUCGAGAGGGAACGCAAACUGGCUCCGGUGAAGUUGAACGAUUUGAGCGCAAUAGAAAGCUGGGAGGCAACUAGACAAGCCAAUGGCACACCUCUGCGGACAUUCUACGAGAGCUUCGCGCAGGAAAACGAAAAGAACAAGCGAAGACAGGCGAAUCAAUCGGAGGACAUCAACGAUUACGAUUUGCCUGAGAUUAAGAAGCCAAACAAAAAGCAAAAAGCUCCCCGGGAAGGACCCGUGGAGUUGUUCCCAUCGGACGAUGAAGAUGAGAAUGAGGUGGGUAUUGGGUCGGAUGAGGAGCUCAGCGAGACGCCCAAGAAGAAGGCCAAAAAGGAGAAGAAAGUGAAGACAGACGGCGCUCCAGAAAAUGGCGAAAAGAAAAAGAAGAAGAAGAAACAGAAACAGCUUAAUAGCCAGGAAGCGGAUGUCCCUCUGGAGAAGGUCGACCAGGGCGAGGCGGUGGAUAUUCUGAAAGAUUUAACUUUAGAUGAUUGGGAGUGAUAAAUCUCACUGCUAGUGAUCGUUUAUAGAUGUAACAUGAAAUUGUUUCCAACUGAUGAAACAUUAAAAAGCUAUUAAAAAAAAAUAACAAAUAAAA